CCCACAAUGAUGUUUAAAAUUAUUUCUUUCUCAAUGUUAACACUGAUUGUUUCCAUAGUUCUCAUAAAUUAUUUUGGUAAAUUUAAAAUAAAACAUCCUUUCGCAAGUUUAAAUGUCCAAGAAAUUAUUCAAGAAUAUGGUUACCCAGUUGAAGUGCACAACGUGGUUACUGAAGAUGGCUACGUACUAACACUCCACAGAAUUCCCCAUGGAAGAGAGAACCUCUCCAGAAAAAGAAAACCGAUUUUACUUUUACCCGGUAUACUACAAAGUGCUUGGGAUUUUGUACAUCGUGGACCCAACGAUUCCAUUGCUUUCAUUCUAGCAGAGAAAGGGUACGAUGUUUGGCUUGGAAACGUCAGAGGUACCACCUGGUCCAGAAAACAUACAAAUCUAGAUCCAGACAAAGAUAAAGCUUUUUGGGACUUCACGAUUCAUGAAAUUGGAGUUUACGAUCUACCCGCUUUCAUAGAUUAUGUACUAGAAAAAACAGAGCAAAAAUCUAUCCAUUAUCUUGGAUAUUCACAGGGAACAAUUGCGUUUUUUAUGAUGGGGUCCGAAAAAACUGACUACCUUAGUAAAAUUAAGUUGAUGGCAGCCCUCAGUCCCGCCUUUUUCAUGAAAGAUACAAAAAGCCCGGUCCUGCAAUUCGUAACCAAAAAUUGGAGACUGUUGCAGGGACUGCUUAAUUUUUUUAAUUACCAAGAGGUAUUUGGAAGAGGCGAUUUAUUUACUACUUACGCACAAUUAAUCUGUCAUGACGAAAAUUCUAUUUUGAUAAAUCUAUGUAUAAAUCAUAUGUUUAGUGUUUUUGGAUACAACUACAAUGAACUGAAUAAGAGUAUGGUGCCACUAACCAUUGCAAACACUCCGUCUGGCGCAUCAUUAAAACAAAUGAUACAUGCUUUUCAACUGAUGGAGUCUGGUGAUUUUCAUCGGUACGACUUUGGUACUGAAGGCAAUCUAGAAAAGUACGGUCAAGAACAACCACCACAGUACAAUGUAUCCAGAGUUACGACACCUGUCGCUAUAUAUUAUUCUAGUAAUGACUGGGCUGUCAACAUAGAUUGAGUUUCAGAACAUAGACAGAGUACUGAAGAGCGUUCCCAACGUGGUGAAAAGCUACAAGGUACCAUUAGAAGACUUCAAUCAUCUUGAUUUUUUGUAUGCCAAGAAUGUUGGUGAUCUUUUGUUUAAUGUCCUUGUAGAUGAUUUGUCGAAAUACUAAAAAUAAAUGAACAAAAUAGAAA